AUGUUGAACUUAAAUGCACUUUCAUCAAAUCAAAAGGCUCAAUUAAGAAACGCGUUUACUUUAAUAGAUGGAGAAUCAAGAGAUGCCAAUAUAACAAAAGACGAUUUAGAACAACUAUAUUCAACCCUAGGAUUAGAAAAGCCUUCAUAUGAUGAAUUAAAAUCAAUGCUUACAAUAGACGGAGAAGAUAAAUCAGAGUCAGGGAUUAAUUUUGCACAAUUUCUGACUAUUAUGGCUAAGGAAUUACUGAAGAUUGAAGAUAGAUCAAUAAUAUAUAAUGCAUUGAAAACUUUCCAAGAUAAUGAACAAAUAGAUUCACCAAAGAAUGACUUACAAAUCGACUUAGAUAUCUUAAAAGAAGCAUGUUGUUCUGUUCAAUUAGGAGAAAUUGGUUCUGGAGAUCAUAGAUUAUCAAGAACAACAUUUGAUAGUUUAACACAAGGAUUUAUACAAGAACAAAUAGAUGGUAAACAAAUGUUUCUCGCAUCCAAAUGGAUUGAUGCAUACAUUGAUUAG